AUGCUGCAGGAGGUUGUCAAGAAGCACAACUCAGAGCUGGAGAAGCAGAAGCAAGGCGUGAACACCAGAGCAAUCGAAUUGAGACUAGCAGUGGGCAGCUUGCUUGACGAUGCAACGCACCUUCACAUCCCAGGCAAAGAGGACUCGCAGAAGGACUUUGAGCGUGCUUAUGAAGCUUUGGAGAAACUUGAACAGAAGCUUUGGGAAUGUCUGGACGUCUUGAUAUAA